GACGUUGAGAACUGUCGUGCGAAAACAUGUGAAAAAAAAAUCGAGCAUACUUUUGCACGUGCAAAACGGUACGGCCCUGGCAUCCAACACCCCUCCAUCGUGAAGGAAGCGACGACCGCCCGCUUAGUUUCGGGCAAGAAACGACAGGGAGUGGGAUCCUCUGAAUCUUCAGAAGUGUGUGUGCUCAGAAAAGAGAACUAAAGAGUUUCGGAAAUUACAUAAUACGGAUGUGUGUUAAUCGUUCGUUUGAUUCUUGCCCCCUUUCCUUCGUGAUAAGGCCCAUGUUAAAGGGACUCACUGCCAACAUCAAGCGUGGUCGGUUUCGAAAGCGCACACCCCUGACCAUGGCGGACUGGGACAGUAAUAAUCUCUAAAGACGAUAUAUCGUAACGUUUUAAGCUGUCAAAUACAAAUAACCGAUACAUCAAACUUGAACGUGUUUCGAGAAAGUCGCGGCAUAGGGAUUUUUCACCUACAUGCCGGAGCUUGCGUGGCAGUUUCGUGGAAAACAGGAGGGACAGUUUUGGCGCGUAUGUUCCCUGUCUCCGUGAAAAGUUCGUGCAAUUUCUGUAUUUCUGAUCUUCCACGGUCUGUUUCUCGAUCAACAUCGGUGACAUUCUGUAACGGAAAAGCGUGACAUCGUGUAUCCAUCGUGGAACAUCGAACUCCAACGAAUAUAAACAAACGUUGUCGCGAAUGCCUGGAAGAUCAUAGCUGUUUGAACAGUUCCAAGAGACAGGCAAAAACGAGUGGAUGAGUGUAAAUUCUGUGAAGAAUUGAGAAAAGGUGUCACGAUCUAGGAACUUUUUUGGAUAUCUGCUAUUGCUGGCGGCGCGGUAGUUACGGACGGAGAAAAGCGAAGUGACGGUUUUGGCGCGCGUAUUCGACUCCUGUGUGCGACCGGCAGAUGGCCGGUGCGCCGGUACGUUAUAGGCGCGCGUCCACGAACACACCGACACAUGACAGGCGCCUAAGCACGUACUAGCACAAUGACAGAGGCACGUUCAAGAACUUAUUGAGUCAGUAGUGGAAGGCCACUACCACGUUAGUACGCGUGUUGGUGAGAGCGCAGUAGAGCGCACGGACACGAGGUUCGGUAUUACUACUACCGGUACAAGCGGGUCUAUCUUCCUCGUAGCCCGAGCCAGUUGCCAGCGCGCCAGCCAGCCCCGUUCAUCCAAUCGCCCAGCUCACGAGCCGGCCUCGUGUGUGCGCGCGACACCCCGACGGAAAAGGUUCGUUUUCUCGUCGGUGGCUCGACUGAUCAUGUCGAGGCGGGGCAUAUCGUGAACUUUAGAGCCAGUACAUUGCUUGGAACCUGAAAACACAGCGAACGCACGUACAGUUUCGGCCCUUUACGCGCGAUUAUUUCGGGUCCCCAGUCCGCUGCUGCUGGUGCUUGGGCUGUCGUUCCUAUUGCCGAGAUCGGCCCUGCAGAAAAUGGAUACCGCACCAGUGCGGUAGAGAGGCAAAGCGAAACAAAUAUAUAGAAAAACAAGCGUGGAAAAGAAAGAGAGAGAAAGGGAUAGAUAUAUAUAUAUAUAUAGAGAGAGAGAGAGAGAGAAAGAGAGAGAAAUAAAGGCCACGCAACUACUACGACUACGACGAGGACAACGACAACGGUUUGUAAGCUAAGAAAGAAGGACAGAGGGAGAGAAAACGAGUGAGGGCGAGGGAGUAGUAAAUCCCUCGGGAGACCGGGUUAGGAGAGAAGGUUCGUCGUCUGGUCGACUCUUGGGCGAGCACGUUUCUCUGUCCUGUCAUCGACAGGCCUAAGUGAAAACAGCAUCUAGAAAUAUCGACAACGCGAUAACAACGAUCACGAUCACGACGGCGACGUAUUUGCCAUUGAGGAGGCACGGAUAUGCCUCGCUGGUCGGUGCUGUGACACGCGCCGCGCCGUGUGCUGGCUGAACCUCCCGGAAGAGAGCGUGGGCCUCCGUCUCAAAAUACUGUGCAGUUUCUACCGCACGCUUGAGAGCCAAAUUCUCAUAAACAGUAAAGAUGCCUCGAGUUAGGAGACAAGUGAUCUUGGAAGAUCCUGCCAGGCCUGUCACACCUGAUAUGGGAGAGACUAAAUUACUAAAAACAGAGUUUUUGGACGAUGGCUCUUUAGAUGAAGUUCAAACACAAAAAAUAGCUGAAGAAACACCAAGUCCUCAUCUUCAAGAUCACCAAUAUGGGCAAACACCUUGUUAUCAAGUAACAAGAAAACCUACACAACCACCACCACGAACUGAACAAAUAUCAGUUCAGGCGGUGAAACGAAGACUGAAUUUGGAAAUGGGUACCACAGGUCCUAGCCAAUCUGCCUUUAAGGCUCCUAGAGGUAAACGUAGGAGAUCUGGAUCAAGUUCUCUAGUUGGCCACACUCCUACAAAAAGUAAAGCAGUAGAGAGAACGCGAUAUGAUACAUCACUGAGCUUACUUACAAAAAAGUUCAUACACUUAGUCGAGAGCAGUCAAGACGGUGUUGUAGAUUUAAACGUAGCGUCUGAAAAGUUAGAAGUACAGAAACGUCGUAUAUACGACAUUACGAAUGUAUUGGAGGGCAUAGGCAUUUUGGAGAAGAAAAGUAAAAACAACAUACAAUGGAAAGGCGGUCAAUUACCAAAUGACAAGAACGAUAUCGCUGAUCUCAGAAGGGAAGUAGCAGAUUUAGAAGCUAAGGAAAACACCUUGGAUCGAUUGAUUCACGGUGCUGACAAAAAUCUUAGAGAGCUAUGCGCAGACCGACAAUACGCUUAUGUAACGUAUCACGAUUUACGUUCUGUCCCAAUGUACAAAGACCAGGCUAUAAUGGCAGUGAAAGCUCCGCCAGAAGCCACACUUCAUGUUCCACAACCUAUCAAUAACCUUGGUCAACAAAAGCUUCAAAUGCACAUGAGGUCAUCUCAUGGUGAGAUAGAGGUGUUCCUUUGUCCUGAUGAUCCUAUCGUGAAAACGUCUCCCAAUCCGGGUUACACGACGACGCAACCUGUGCCUUCGUCAAAAGAAUCCGAGAUACCUUGCUUGCCUCCUGAACUGUUAGCCAGCGGAGAUGAACCAGUACCUUCUCUCGAGAGUUCAUUGAAUACACAUUCAGGUACACCGAUUAUAUCUGCUGUUACCAGUUUAGCGGGCAUGAGAGACGCACUUUUAUGCGAAUCUGACGAUUAUGGACCAAUGGGUGGUGGCAAAUUCCAACUCCAAACGGAGGAUCAAAUUAGCACAUCAGAUCUAAGUAUUCUCGAUUUUGGUGAGCACCUGCUAUCUCUGGAACCGCCUCUCUCCGAAAACGACUAUUCGUUCGCGUUAGGAACGGAGGAAGGACUUUCGGAUCUCUUUGAUUUUAAAUUUUAAAGGAUAUCGUCCUUAUUCGUCGUCAUCGUCGUCGUCGUCGUCGUCGUCGUGACACAUAGAAACACACACAGAAACCCAAAGACACUGCUGUCUUUGUUUUUCUUUUUUUUUUUUUUUUUUUUUUUUUUUUUUUUUUUUUUUUUUGACAUGAGUUCGCCUCUUUAGUAUUCGAAUAGGUAGAGAUCAUCUGAUUCAUCCAAACAGCAUCGGCGUUUUCAAUUUAUUUUUGAUUUUAUUCAUUUCAAAAGGGAACGAUUGAACAGAAAACAACAAGAAUAUAAAUCACCUGUCGGUCCAUCAUUCAAAUUAGAAUAAUAAUAAUAAUUGAAAAAUAUAAUAACAGGGGCAUUACGUUUGUUAAAUUACAAUGAAAAUCAAUAAGCUUCUGGCAAUUUUUUUUGUUACAG